AUGCGUCCUUCUGGGGCUUCUACCGGUGGUAGUAAUAUAAAAGGAUACAUGGGUGCGGCUGCUGGGAUACAUCGAACUGAGCGUCGUACUGUUACCCCUCUUUUGUGGAUGCAAAAUGUAAGGAUGGUUAAAUCCAGUGGUGAAGGUCAUACUGAUAAAGGUGUCCCGGCCAAUAUGCACGAAGAAAUGGUUGAAAUAUCACGAAAAUUCCCUAAUGUGAAGGUUACUAAG